CAGAUAUCGUCACCGUUUGUGUUCAAACUGCUACUCCAUCGGCCAUUCUUCCGGUGCGCUGUUCUUAUGUUUCAGAAAGAGUUCGCCCAAAGACUGGUCGCAAAACCGGGCGAUAAGUUGUAUUGCAGACUAUCGGUGAACACACAGCUGUUGGCGAGAGUGGAUAUACUCAUGAAAGUGGCCAAAAACAACUUCCGGCCGCCGCCUAAAGUGGAGUCCAGUGUAAUCCGUUUGGAACCCAUUAAUCCGCCGCCAGAUAUCAACUUCAAAGAGUGGGACGGAUUGUUGAGAAUCUGUUUUAUGCGCAAAAAUAAGACACUUUCCGCUCAAUUCAAACACAACUAUGUGUUGGAUAUGUUGUCCCAUAACUAUCGCAUCCAUUGCUCUCUCAAUAACAUCGCAAUCGAUGAUGACUUUGACAUUAAAGCGAAAAUACAACAAAUCCUUACCGACAAUGAGUUUGACUCGAAAAGAGCCCGAACUAUGGAUAUCGACCACUUUCUCGCUCUUCUUCACGCUUUUAACUCUAAUGGCAUUCAUUUCACUUAA